CCAAUCGACCAAAACCCAAAGGUCCCAAACAACGCUGUUUUGCAAAAGCUCCUCCUGGCUUUCAGAACUGAGCGAAACUCACGGACAAGAAUGCUUCCUUCAAUCUUCUCUAGACGCUUUAAGCUCUUCCCUCUUCUCUCCCGCACUCAAUCCCUCGUUUUUCCCUUUUCUCAAUGUUUCUCCACCGAACCCAUUUCUUCUUCCCACCCCAACCUCCCAGAAACCUACUCAGACCCCACCACUGUCUGUGAGACCCUCUCGUCUUACUGCAACGAUUGGAAGCGCGCUUUCGAGUUUUUCAACUGGGUCGAAACCCAUUUCCGUUUCCAACACAACACUGCUACUUACAACCGUAUGCUUGACAUUCUUGGUAAGUUCUUCGAAUUCGAGCUCUCUUGGGAUUUAAUUCGACGAAUGAAAACAAGCCCAUUAUCGAGGCCAAACCAUACCACGUUUCGCAUACUGUUUAAGCGCUAUAUAUGUGCACAUUUGGUUAAAGAAGCUAUCGACAUGUAUGAUUCAUUAGAAGAUUUUGAUUUGAGGGAUGAGAUGUCAUUUUCUAAUCUUAUUGAUGCUUUAUGCGAGUAUAAGCAUGUAAUUGAGGCCCAAGAACUGUGUUUUGGGAAGGACAAGAAGUUCAAUAUCAUUGUAAACAGUACGAAGAUUCAUAAUAUGAUUCUUCGUGGGUGGUUGAAGAUGGGGUGGUGGGGUAAGUGUAGAGAGUUUUGGGAAGAGAUGGAUAAAAAGGGUGUUUCUAAAGAUUUGCAUUCAUAUACUAUAUAUAUGGAUAUAAUGUGCAAGAGCGGAAAACCAUGGAAGGCUGUGAAGCUGUACAAGGAGAUGAAGACUAAGGGGCUAAGGUUGGAUGUGGUGGCGUAUAAUACGAUAAUUCAUGCUAUUGGUCUUUCGGAGGGUGUGGAUUUUUCGGUUCGCGUGUUUAGGGAAAUGAGGGACUUGGGUUGUAAGCCUAAUGUUGUGACUUAUAAUACAAUUAUAAAGCUCCUCUGUGAAAAUGGGAGGUAUAAGGAGGCUUCUGGGUGGCUCAAUCAAAUGCAUGAGACAGGUUGCUUUCCGAAUGUCAUUACAUACAAUUGCAUUUUCAGGUGUCUUGAGAAGCCUAGAGAGAUUCUUCUACUGUUUGAUAAGAUGAUUGAAAGUGGGAUUCGUCCUGGGAUGGACACUUACGUGAUGCUUCUGAGAAAAUUUGGGAGAUGGGGGUUUCUUCGACCAGUUUUUAUUGUGUGGAAGAAGAUGGAGGAACUUGGUUGUAGUCCGGAUGGGUCUGCUUACAAGGCUCUGAUUGAUGCUCUGGUGGAGAAAGGAAUGGUAGAUAUGGCCCGCAAGUAUGAUGAAGAGAUGUUAGCCAAAGGGUUUUCUGCUAAACCAAGGGCUGAGCUUGGGAGAAAGCUCGUGGGUGGAGAAUCUCUUGACAGCAGCUUUUAAGAAGCAGAAUUUAUGAGGGUGGUGUUGAUAUAUAAUUGGCAGAAAAUGAAUCUGACAGUGAGCUUGCUUUGAUCCAGAAUCUGUGACAUGGAAGGAAAUGAAUGAAAUUUGAGAAAUUUGUCAAGUUUUCUUUAGAGUUCUGAAUCCAGAUGAAGAAUAUAUUUCUACUUUUUGGUUUGUACAGAUGAACCUCUGGGGUAGACUGCAGUGCACAGAUGAGCAAAUGCACUAGGGGUGUAGGGCAGGCAUGUUCGGUGAAGCUUGUGCACUUUUGCGAGCAUCUGAAACCAUUCCUCACGUGCCUUCAUAAAAUCAUGGUGGCCGGUCUCUUCUCUGCAAGUUUGAGUAAUCAAACUAUGUUUCUUGAAUUUUCUGCUAUUUUGGAGGCAUCUACAAUAUGGUCCCAGCUGUAAGAUGUUGGAGUAUUUGGUUAACAAGAAGGUUUUUUUUUUUUUCAGCAAAAAAACUCUCACUCAGUGCAACUAGCUUAUGAUGCUCAGAAGCUGGUUUCUGUUUUCAUGCAGAAAGUUGGAGCCAUAAAGCAGAGAAGACAUUUGAUUCUAAGGUCAGUGAGAUCUUUACAUUUUUAAACCUGUAUCCAUCUGCUAUUUUAGUGCGCAACCUUUUAGCACUAGAAGAGGCUCUUUGGCAACCAUCAGGAAUGCAGUUUUCCAAACAAUUGUGGCUCGCUUCCGACAGCAACAAAAGGGUCGCAUGCUUGGGAAUUAUCAUGUGCAUCCCAGGAUACGUUGAUCACUUCCCAACCAAAGGGAGCGUGCAAAAUGUGAAAUUGUCAAAUAUGGUGGCAUUACUCAUCAUUGAGUAUGGUUUACAUAAGUUUGCAAGGCAAGUUAGACAGGUUACAGCAUCGUUGUUCCUUUGUGUUAAAGUCCAAAGAAAAGGUGACUGCAUAGCCUAAAAUUUUACGUGAAAUGAAAAACAUUUUUAAUCUAAAAUUAUAAAAAAAAAAAAAAAAGUAUAAUUUAUGCUAUUUAUGUGAACGGUACAUAGACAGAAAUUUUUGGCAUUUUUCUGUAAGUGAUGGUUCUUGUCUCCAACAUGUCAAUGUCUCUUGCUGCAAGACAAAUCGUAUAAGGGUAAUGUAUGACCAAACUCUUGAUGAAUAAAAAUGAUACAAACUUCGCUAUUGAACGGAAAA